CUCCAGGAAGCCGCGGCGCCUGGUGCCGGGGAGCCAUCGCCGCAGCCCGAGGCCGGAUCCCGGGUCGCGGACUGCAGAGGAAGGCGACGGCGACGGCGGCGGGAACCCUACCGGGGGCCUGGGACUGGGGAACUGCCUCCGGCUUCACGAUGCCAGUAUGGACAGAAUAGCUUAUGAUGCUCAUCCCCACCCACCACUUCCGAGACAUUGAGCGGAAGCCAGAAUACCUCCAGCCAGAGAAGUGCACCCCACCUCCCUACCCUGGUCCUGUGGGAACCAUGUGGUUUAUCCGCGACGGCUGUGGCAUUGCCUGUGCGAUUGUCACCUGGUUUCUGGUCCUCUAUGCGGAGUUCGUGGUCCUCUUCGUCAUGCUGCUUCCAUCCCGAGACUACGUGUACAGCAUCAUCAAUGGAGUCAUCUUCAACGUGCUGGCCUUCUUGGCCCUGGCUUCCCACUGCCGGGCCAUGCUGACGGACCCCGGGGCAGUGCCCAAAGGAAAUGCUACUAAAGAAUUUAUCGAGAGUUUGCAGUUGAAGCCCGGGCAGGUGGUGUACAAGUGUCCCAAAUGCUGCAGCAUCAAACCUGACCGAGCCCACCACUGCAGUGUCUGUAAGCGGUGCAUUCGCAAGAUGGACCACCACUGUCCCUGGGUCAAUAACUGUGUCGGCGAGAACAACCAGAAGUACUUCGUCCUGUUUACAAUGUACAUAGCUCUCAUUUCCUUGCACGCCCUCAUCAUGGUGGGAUUUCACUUCCUGCAUUGCUUUGAAGACGACUGGACAAAGUGCAGCUCCUUCUCGCCACCUACCACCGUGAUCCUCCUCAUCCUCCUGUGCUUUGAGGCUCUGCUCUUCCUCAUUUUCACGUCAGUCAUGUUUGGGACCCAGGUGCACUCCAUCUGCACAGAUGAGACGGGCAUCGAGCGCCUGAAACGGAAGGGUCAGCCCCGGGCGCACAGGCGCAGCUGGAAGGCCGUCAAGGAGACCUUCGGUGGGGACUUCUCCCUGAACUGGUUCAACCCCUUCUCCACGCCGUGCCAGCCCAAGACCCCCAGCGACAAGGACUUGGUGCGGCAGGGGCCGUCCCUAUCAGACAUCGACAUCACCGACACGACGACAACGACGGCGGAGCCCUCGGAGGAGACGAAGGAAGAGGACUCUCUGGAGGUGAUAGACGAAUAGAGGUGGCCGCGGAGAGCCCGACACUGACCGCCCGGCCUUCAUUCGCGGGCGUGCUGCCUCCCUCCGACUGCGCACGCUCCUUCACCACCCCUGGGACCCCUUUCCCCCUCCCUCUCUGUGUUGAUGCAGCUGGGGGGGAGGGGUGCUGUCCCCAGGCGGGGGCUGCCUGUCCUCUUCGGAGGAGGCUGGCGUCUGGGCUCCUUGCUUUAGAGAGCACAGGCCCUGAUGUCACCAUAGCUUUAGGGGCCUGGGGUAGGACCCAGGUGGCGGGAGAGGUCAGCAGACAUCCCAGCUCAUCCCUAGAAUGGGCGUAAUGGAAAAAGGCUCAGCUGUUGAGGCAGGAUCCCUGGGUACACACGGACCCAAGCCUGUGUGUGUGACCAUCCCCUAGAUGCUAGAACCUGCCCCGAACAGACAAGCUUGGAGCGAGCCUGCCUGGCAGCCAGGGCUGGGCCAGGGACCCAAGUACUGGUGCCCUCGCCUGCUGCCUCCCAGCGGGCAGCUCAGCCUCUGACAGAAACCUCUCCCCCUCGUCUUUCUGCCACGGUGGACGAGAGCCGUGGUGCACAGCUUCGGCACACAGGGAGACCUUGUCACCCUCAGGCCUGAGGCACACCUCAGAGUCUGAACCGGGGUUCUUGUGCUCUGACCCCAGUCCCGUGGUCACCGCAGCAGCACAGAGUCCAUGAAAUGGAGUCCCUGUGCCCCUCGCUCGGCCUCUGCUCCUCUCUGGGGCCACUGCCCUAGCUGGCACUGACCCACAGCGAGGGCCGAGUCCCACCCCGAGGGGCCUGUGGUCAGCAUUUGGAGGUCGGCCCGAGGGCACCGAGAAAGGGAAGCCACUGCGUGUACCUCGUGGUUGGCAUCCUGGGGUGCUCCAUGAAGGGAGUGAUCCGUUGGAGACCCCAAGUCUUCUGCAGACCCGGCUGCUGGGUGCUGUCAGCUUUAGUCCUCGUGAGUCCGCCCUCAGGCCCAGGCCUGCACCCUACCUGCUGUGGAACAGAGCCGUGCUCUGGCCAGGGGGGCCAGCUGUUGUCCCUCUGGAGGCUUGUGGACCAAAGAGACCCCAGGCUGAGGAGGAGGAGGAGGACAGCCAGCCAGCGCCCAGGAGCCCCAGACAGAAGCAGCAGUUAGAACGAAGGGAGAAGGCUCGCUGGUCCCUGCAGCCUGUGCCUGAGGUCAGGGGUGUGUGAGAAGUGCCAGAAUGCAGCCGUCAGCCGUUCCCUCCGCAGGCGGUGACCCGGAGGCCUGGGGCAAGGCCCCACCCUCCCCUCCGUGCUGACCCCGGCCACGUGGAGCCUGCCUGGGAGCUGCUCGCCAGAGCCACCCCUGGCUUAGGCAACGCAGUACCUUUUCUCCAGGGUGUGUUUGUGCUUAGCCCCAAACAGAGCAGUGCAGCUCAUGUCACAAUGUGCCCGGGUCUUACAGGGAAGACGGAGGUGCACACCUGGCCUCUCUCUUUGAAUAAAAGGCCCUGUUCCGUG